UUGUUUUGGAAACAAUACUGUCUUGCACCUAUAUUUAAACAGCCGCCUUUCCGAAAGCGACACACUUCGCUGUUUACAACUUCGCUACGUCACAUCAAGCUGGUUACAUCGCUCAUAAAGUUCUUCGUACUAGCUUCUCGUCAUGUUUACGGAUAAUACCAAGGAUUCUGCUGCAAGCUCACUUCCUCAAGUGGAUUUGAGUUGGCUUUCAACGACCACAGGCCCAGAGAGGAAGAGGAAGAAGCGCCGGGACACUUCGGCACCAAAAAGAGAAAAAGGACGACCGUCUGUUCGAGAUAAAUUCCCCGAAGUCAUUCUGACAGCUUCCCGAUACAUCGCCGACAACGGGUUCAGAGCGCAUCGACGUCGUCAGGAAAGCAUAGGAACUUGCGGGUCUACUAUCAAGAACAUCAAGGAACACGUGCAAGAGACUGUUCCUGGUCUUCAAGAGUCUCAUCCAAACUUGAGUGACCGAACAGUUGCUCGCUGGAUGAUGCCGCCAAACAGAUCUUGUAACGCCUCCAAGUCUUAUGCUGGACUCAUCGAAGCAAGGGUGCCUGCGAAGGAGAACUCGGCCAGAAAAGGGAACGAUAACAGCCACUUCUACUCUGCCAGGGUCCGGUACUUGAUGGAGUGUGCCUCGAAACACAACCACGAGGUCAUGAUCUACAGUGCCGACAACAAAAAUAAAGUCAAGGUGGGCGACACUACAUUGGCCGUGGACCGACGCAUCAAAAUCCGGAAAAUAUUCCCAACCAACGACAAGCCAGUCUACUACGACCAUGACUUCCCCACUCCUGGGUACUUACUGACGCCUUCUGGGUACCUUGAGCUCGAGCCAUCCACCCUUCUCACCAAAGACAACCUUGGCAGAGACCAUUAUGUAUCCCCCCAAUCAGGCCCGUCUGAAAUCUUCUUGAGGAGUCCGCGUUCCGCAUGCAACAUAGCUUCCCAUCUGGAUAACAUGUCACAGAUUAUACAGAGGAAAUCUUCACAUAAAUCGGUACUAUUCAUGAUUGUUGACGGCGGACCAGACUUCAAUGUGAAUCAUAUCACUAAUAUGUUCUACUACUCGAGGUUUUUCAAGGAUGCCGAUCUGGACGCUCUCGUCAUCACUUGUACUCAUGCGUUAUCAUCGGUAUACCUGCGUUCGACUUUGGAAGGAGAAGCAGUUCCCCCAUGUGCACAAGCACGACUGUCUGCACAAGAAAAGCUAACAAAGGAACAUAUGGUCUUCGACGCAGCAACUUCAUCAAUCAGGGACGUCCACUGGAAUCAUCUUACAUUCAAUGGAAGUGAUGUGAAUGUUCACUGUGUACCGAGCGGGUAUGUUCCCGAAUGUGGCAAGGACUAUGUUGAGGUUAAGCGGGUCCUCGGCGGAUCGGCUAAGGCAUUGAAAGAAAGCGACUUCAAAGACAACUUCGACUUCUGCAUGCAGCACAUCGACAGACGCAUUGGAACGAUCAUUUUCACGAAGUGCAAGAGAGAAGAAUGUCUGUACUGUGCAAGGAAGCCUCCUCGAGUUUCAGCAGAGCUACUGGACUGUUUGCGUGCUUUUCCAUCUCCACAGCCAAGUUCUACGCACCCUGGACAUUUCAUGACAUUUGGAGAAUCGUUGUUGGUACCUCGUGCUCCUCCCUGUGAACACCUACCACUGUUUAGAGAGAAGGGUCUUGGGAGGUGCAGCUUUCCGGAGUGCUCGUAUGUAUUUAACAGUCAGAAGGACGUAACUGACCACCGUCGUAAGUUUCACCGAUAGGUACAUGAACAUGUAAACUCCUACAACCACCCAUGAAAAUAACGAUUCUCCAGGCGCAGGGAAUUAUUUCUCAUGCAUAAAUAAGGCAUUCUAUAUGAUGUAUAUAUUGCAAAUAUCUGAAGUUGAUUUACAUUUCAGCAUAUCAACGAACAUGGAGAUGCUUUUCUUUCCUCUAACAUUGUUUGAUAAUUCAAUUAGAUAAUCGGCUUUGAAGAAAGCUAUUUGUUGAUUUAUUUCAUUGAAUUGUUAAAGUUGAAUACAUUUAAUAGCGAUUCAAGUGUGGCAUUUAACAAGAAAUUUUAUCUGAAAAUGCAUAGCCGAGACAAAAUAGCUCCAAUCUGAUAGUCAAUGCAUGGUUUGGUGGCUCAUUUCCAUGGGCUUGCCGAGAGUAAUUGAAUCACACUAUUUACUUGAUUGUUUCACAAAUAAUAUAACAACAGGGUCAUAGCAGGGAUAGUAAUUUGAAUAUAAAUGUAUAUGUCAUAUAAUGGAGUUAAGUUCGAUUGAUAAUAGAUGCAUGUAAUUUAUAUGUACGUUUACUAUAAUAAUUUGUGAAAUGAGCACGUAUACAUUAAAUAAAAAAUAAUCGACAAGUGUUAUAUAUUUCAUGCAUAAUACUAUUAAAG